AUGAAAAGUCUAGCCAGAGCUUAUGUUUGGUGGAACCAAUUAGACAAAGACAUUGAAGAGCUAGUACAGAAAUGUGUACCGUGUCAAACUACAAGACCCAAUCCAAAAAAGGAGCCACCAGGCCACACUUGGAAAACGCCUACUAAAGCGUUUGAACGGGUCCAUAUAGAUUAUGCCGGCCCGAUAAUGGGCAAAUAUUUGUUCGUACUUAUCGAUGCCUACAGCAAGUGGCCUGAAGUACACGUAACGCCUAAUAUGAAUACAGAAACCACCAUUGAAAAAUGUCGGGAAAUAUUUUCGCAAUUUGGUAUCCCAAACAUUAUUGUGAGUGAUCAUGGGCGGCAAUUUAAUUCGAGUGAGUUCCAACAUUUUUUGAAGUGCAACGGCAUUGCCCACAAACAAGGUGCGCCAUACCAUCCAGCUACAAACGGCCAAGCUGAACGUUAUGUACAAACCAUCAAACACAAAUUAAUUGCAGCAAAAUGCACAGCAGACUCAUUGAAAGCGGAAUUAUCAAAAAUUUUAUUAGCAUACAGGCGUACUAUUCACCCAGUAACAAACAAGUCACCGUCGAUGCUUAUGCUAGGCAGGCAGAUUCAAUCCAGAUUGGACUUACUUCUGCCGCAGAAUAACCAAAUAAACAACAAUCAAGCAAUGAAGCCAACGCAAAAACGAAUGAUGAGCGGUGAUCGAGUAGCAGUACGCGAUUAUCUCUCAAAGAGGAAGUGGCGAUUCGGAGUGGUCGAAUCGUGUAAAGGCGAUUUACACUACAAAUUGAGACUCGAUGACGGUCGCAUAUGGACAAGGCAUGCCGAUCAAGUGAGGAGAUCGGGAGUAGUAGCCCACAGUGAGCAAGCAACAACAGCAAACGGAGAACAGGUAACUAACAACACAGAGACGCCGGAGACAAACACACCACGCGAAAAUCCGCCAGCGUUUUCAAGGCAAUCAAUCAACGCAUUACCUAUUCCGAAACCCACAGUGACGGCUGAGCCUGAAGGGAUGGUUACAAAAGCCGCAAAUCCAAAUGUAACCGAAGUUAAGCAGACACCAGCAACUGAAACGACACAACAACAACAACCACUGCGACGUUCGCAGCGACAACGCAAAAUACCAACCCGCCUACUACAAUAA